AUGGCUUUGUUACGAAAAAUUAACCACGUGCUGCUGUUCCUUCUGGUGGUGACCCUCUGUGGGAUCCUGUAUAAGAAAGUCCAGAAAAGCGCAGUGCUCAAGAAGGAAGCAGACGAUGCUGCUGCCACCCCCGAGGAAACGGAGGAGGAAAUUCCCGUGGUGAUCUGUGCAGCGGCAGGAAGGAUGGGUGCUGCGAUGGCUGCCAUCAACAGCAUCUACAGCAACACGGAUGCCAACAUCUUGUUCUACAUAGUCGGGCUCCGGAACACGCUGUCUCGGAUACGAAAAUGGAUCGAACAUUCCAAACUGAGGGAGAUCAACUUUAAAAUCGUGGAGUUCAACCCGAUGCUCCUGAAAGGAAAGACGAGGCCGGACACUGCGAGGCCAGAGCUGCUGCAGCCUCUGAACUUUGUGCGAUUUUAUCUCCCCCUGCUCAUCCACCAACACGAGAAAGUCAUCUAUUUGGACGAUGAUGUCAUUGUUCAAGGUGAUAUUCAAGAGCUGUAUGAUACCACCUUGGCCCAGGGCCACGCGGCUGCUUUCUCGGAUGACUGUGAUCUGUCCUUGGCGCAGGAUAUCAACAGACUGGUGGGACUGCAGAGCACGUACAUGGGCUACCUGGACUACAGGAAGAAGACCAUCAAGGAGCUCGGCAUCAGUCCCAGCACCUGCUCCUUCAACCCCGGGGUGAUGGUCGCCAACAUGACCGAGUGGAAGCAGCAGCGUAUCACCAAGCAGCUGGAGACGUGGAUGCAGAAGAACGUGGAGGAAAAUCUCUACAGCAGCUCCCUGGGCGGCGGGGUGGCCACGUCCCCGAUGCUGAUCGUGUUCCACGGGAAGCACUCAGCCAUCAACCCCCUGUGGCACAUCCGGCAUCUGGGCUGGAGUCCAGAUACCAGGUAUUCGGAACACUUUCUGCAGGAGGCCAAGUUACUCCACUGGAACGGGAGACACAAGCCCUGGGCCUUCCCGAGUGUUCACAAUGACUUAUGGGAAAGCUGGUUUGUGCCCGACCCUGCAGGGAUAUUCAAACUCCGUUCCCGCAGCAGCUGACCGCUCCUGCAGUUCCAGCUGCUCCUUCUAAAACCCGAACCACCUGGGCAGCCUGCUUGGGCCCCGCUCCUCAGGACUCAC